GAAGGGAAAUCAACCCAUUGGCUAGGGACGAAUUUGAGCCAGUCCACAAAUUCAAUUUGAGAAAUUGACUCAUCUACGAUCUAGUCGUGUGGGUGAUAGUCAGGCUAUUUUUGUAAGUGUACAGUUUUGGUGGCCUACAGAUUUAAAAGAAAACGUUAUGCCUGUCAACGGGACCCACCUGGUGCUGGAAAACUACAUUGGGGGUGAAUUUCUGCCCUGUUCUGCUUAUAUCGACUCGCACGACCCGUCCACUGGAGAAGUGUACUGCAAAGUUCCGGACAGCGGUAGUGAGGAGGUGGAUGCUGCUGUGAAGGCGGCCAAAGAGGCCUUCCCUGAUUGGUCCUCUAGGAGUCCGGCCGAGAGAGCUCAGGUGAUGAACAAGUUGGCCGACCUGAUGGAGGCUCGCCUGGAAGAGUUCGCUCAAGCUGAGUCUAAAGACCAGGGGAAGACCAUAACGUUCGCCAGCACUGUGGACAUCCCCAGAUCAGUGCACAACUUCCGCUUCUUUGCCUCCUCUGUGCUGCACCACACAACUGAGUGCAGUCAGAUGGACCACAUGGGCUGCCUCAACUACACCAUCCGCAGCCCUGUAGGAGUGGCGGGCCUCAUCAGUCCCUGGAAUCUGCCCUUGUAUCUGCUCACCUGGAAGAUUGCCCCGGCCAUCGCCGCGGGCAACACUGUGGUGGCCAAACCCAGUGAGAUGACGUCUGUCACUGCCUGGAUGAUGUGCAAACUAAUGAAUGAGGCUGGUGUGCCCCCUGGCGUGGUGAACGUAGUGUUUGGCACAGGCCCUCACGCGGGCGACGCUCUGGUCGGCCACCCUGACGUGCCGCUGGUGUCGUUCACCGGGAGCACAGCGACGGCGCGUGUCAUCACUGAGCGCGGCGCCCCCUACUGUAAGAAGCUGUCGCUGGAGCUGGGGGGCAAAAACCCUGCCCUCGUGUUCGCCGACGCAGACAUAGAGCAGUGCGUCGCCACCACAGUGCGCUCCAGCUUCUCCAACCAGGGGGAGAUCUGUCUGUGUACCAGCAGGAUCUUUGUGGAGAGAAGCGUCUUCCCAGAAUUUUUGGAGAAGUUUGUGGCAGCUGCUCGGAAAUGGAAGACUGGCGUUCCCUCGGAUGUCUCCAACAACAACGGGGCACUGAUUAGCAAAGAGCACCUGGAGAAGGUGCGAGGCUUUGUGAAACUGGCCCGUGACGAGGGUGCCCAGGUGCAUUGUGGGGAGGGUGUUGACAAGCUGGACCUCCCAGAACGCAACCGGGGUGGCUACUUUAUGUCCCCCACCAUCAUCACCGGGGUAACUGACUCCUCCCAGCUGAUGCAGGAGGAGAUCUUUGGGCCCGUCACCUGUGUGACGCCCUUUGACCAGGAAGAGGAAGUGAUCUCACGGGCUAAUGGUGUACGCUAUGGCCUGGCGGCCACAGUGUGGACACGGGACGUGGGGCGCGUGCACAGAGUUGCUAGACGACUGCAGACGGGGCUGGUGUGGACAAACUGCUGGCUGGUGAGGGAUCUGAACCUUCCCUUUGGAGGGAUGAAGAAUUCUGGAGUAGGGAGGGAGGGGGGGAAGGACUCCUAUCACUUCUUUACUGAGGUCAAAACAGUCACCAUCAAACAAUGAGCAGAACGCGCACACACACAUACACACACACCGACACAAACAUGCACAUAUACACACACACACACACAUACACACCACACAUAUAGACUCAUCUGUGCAUGCAGAACAUGUAACAUACACACACAACGUACAUGUAACACACACACACACACACACACACACACAUAUAGACUCAUCUGUGCAAGCAGAAAAUGUAACAUACACACACAACGUACAUGUAACAUACACACAUACACAUACAUAUAGUCGACACAUGGGCGUUUGGAAGGUCAUGAUAAGAUUAAAUGGGAGCACCUGGACAGGUUAGGUUAAGUAACCUGCUGUUCAGAGAAAAGCCUACAGAAAGGAGAUGGCAAUGCUCAUGAGCUGGUUUAGUCAGAAUUAACUUGGAUCCGCAGGUAGUAUCUACUGUUAGAGUGGUGUAGAAUUGUUUAGUAUAGAGUGCAGCAUGUAGUAUUUACUUUUACAGUAGUUUAGAAUUGUUUAAUAUACAAUGCAGAUACUUUGUUAGAGUUUAGAUUAGAAUUAGUAUCUAUUGAUAAAAUUAGCUGAGCCAUUAAUAUGAAAAUGUGAGGAAUUAUUUGAAAAUGUAUCAGUGUUAGGAUAAAGUCUUGCUAGGAUACAGAGUGUGUAAGUGUGUGUGUGUGUGUUAUUCUGCGUGAGUUUUAUGAAAAUACACAAGCCAUGUACCAGACAUGUUCACCUGGAAAUGAUGAUACCUGAAAACUCCUGUUGAUCCUGUUGUGAAAUGACUUGAGUGUGGUAGUGCUUUCAGAACUGGUUUGACAUAAUUUCCAGUAUAUCUCAAUACUGUGCUGACACAGAUCACUAUUACUAUGACUUUGGUCACUGAUACCAUGACAUGACCUUUUUUUUCAUACCAUCUAAUCCUUAGUUCUGAGGAUCUAUUAGUGCUUGAUAAAAUGUGUGUUAUGUCACCGAACUGUCAGGUUUUUUUUUUUCAAACAUCUUUAUAGAGUAAAUGUCUCUCACAUCAA